AUGUCAGACCCACCGCCGAAGAAGGUCGGCUCGCUGCGCGACCGCAUCGCCGCCUUCGAGAACAAGGGCUCCGCGCCCGCACCAGCACCCGCACCCGCACCGCGCCCCAAGCCCGUACACAUCAACUGGACGCCCAAGCCCCUCUCCCCGCCCACGUCGCCCAAGGCCAGCAGCAGCGGCCACGAUGACAGCGCAGAGGCCCGCAAGGCUGCCGGGAUGUCCGCUACGGACGCGAAGGAGUCUAUCGGGAAGCUCUCCCUCAAGGAACGCAUGGCUGCGCUCCAGGGCUCGGGCGGCUUUAGCGGACCCGGCGGCGCUGCUGCAGCCCCGCCCCCACGUCCGUCGGGCGAGAAGCCGAAGUGGAAGCCGCCCCCUGUAGUGCAAAGGGUCGAGCCAAUCGGCGGCGACGAUGAGGAGGAUAAGCCGGCGGAGGUCAAGGCCGAACGCGAGGAUACAGAUGAGCCCAAGUCGCCGGAAGAGGCAAGCGAGACGAAGGACAAUGAGCAAGAAACGAAGGAUGAGGGAGAGCCGGACCCCCAGGAAGAGGAGAGGCAACGCAGGGCAGCAUUGGCGGCGAGGAUGGCGCGUCUUGGGGGCGCGAGGGUUGGCAUGGGCCCGCCGAUCUUUGGCAAGAAACCAGAUGUUCCGCCCAAGAAAGUACACAAGGAAGAGGAGCAGCCUAAGGAGGAACAACUCAAGGAGAAGCCAGCCGAAGCGUCACCCACUGCCGAGGGUUCCGAUGUGCCUGCGGUGGUUGAGCCCGCGUCCACCGCGGAGGGCGGAAGUGCAGGCCCCACCGACUACUUCGAUGCUGCUAAGAAGGAUUCUGCGACAUCCGAUACGCUCUCCCCCGACUCCGCGGUCACCUCGCCGCCUGUUCGUUCUCCUGCAAUGCCAGUCCCCCAAGUGCCCAGACGCGCUGCCCCUCCGCGCAAACGGGCAGGCAAGUCGCCUUCGCCCGCCGCGCCGGUCAUUAGUCAGGAGCUACACGAGAGCCCGGCGGCGCUCCCGUCUACCGACGAAUCUGCAGCGCCCGCCGAGAAGGACGAAGAGCCCAGCGCUACAGAGGGCCCCCACGGCGAUCGCGAGCCCGAGCUGACCGAAGUACAGGCUGAGAAGUUGGAAGAGAACGUUCCUGUGGCCGAACCUACUCACGAGCACGAGGCCGUCGAGGCUGCAGCCGAUACGGAGACACCUUCCGCGCACGAAGCUGCUGAGGAGGAACAUGCUACCGAAUCUGCCGCAGAACCGGUUGUCCACGACCCAAAGGAGGAUGUUACCGAGGAACAGGAGGAAACGUCUAUUGUCGAGGAACCCGAGCACGAGGAAACUCCCGCUGUCGAAGAGCUCAAGCAUGAGGACAGUCCGUCUGAAGUCGCUACUUCUGCCGAGAAGCCCGUCGAAGAGCCCGAAGAGGAGGAAGACGAGGCGGCGCGUCGCAAACGGAUUGCUGACCGGAUCGCAAAGUCCGGCGGCUUCAAUCCAUUUAGCGGAGGCAUGCCUCCACCCGUCCGCAAGGACAGUACGGGCUCCGUUCGCUCGCCCAUCGCGUCUCCGCCGUCGCAACCCGUCCGCCGUGACAGCCAGCAAGACACAGCGUCGCUGCAAUCUCCCCCGCUUCUCCCGACGUCCCCGAAGCCGCCGGCGCGGAAGGACAGUGUUGGAUCGGUGCGUGCUGAAACUGGGCUGGGGUCCCCGUUGAAGGAGGCCUCUCUGGAUGAUCAGCGUGCUGUGAGCGAUGACGGUGACGCUAUCGCCGAGGAGGACGAGGAAGAGGAGGUGCGGGGGCGGUCCCUGGAGCGGAGUGCCCCCGCAUAUGAAGACGUCCUCGGCGAAGCACCUGAAGACGAAGAAGCAGUGCCACGUGCCGAGCAUGAGGCCGUGCACUCCCUCGCAAAUGAGGAGGAGUAUGGCGAGGCUCACGACGGCGCGGACGAUUAUCGGAUCGCGCGUGAAAGGCAAGAGGUGCCCGAGCACGCUGCUGAGGGGUACGGAGAGCGCGAGGUGCCUCCACCCCCGCCUCGCGUUCCCAGACCACUCCCGACGCUGCCUCCCACACAGGCGCGGGAGUCCGCGGAGGAAGAGGCUGCCCCUCCGCCGCCUGUUGCUUCCCCACCUCCUCCGGCGAGGCAGGUCAUACCCCCACCGCCAAAGAGAGUGUCCCUUCCGCCCCCGCCGCCGAGGGUCAUCACGGCGCCCCCCGCGGCACCGUCCGAGGAGGACGUCGACGAAGAUGAGCGCGUAGCCUCACCUGACUUCGGGGAUGAGGAAUAUGCGAGACACGCACGUGAAAUUGGGCUUGAGCAUGACGAGGAUGAACACGAAGACCAGCUGCACGAGGAUGAGUACUACCAAGAUGAGCACGAGCACGGUGGAUAUGAUGAGCACUCGACAAAGGAAGAGGAAGAGCCUGAAGUCGAAAGGGCACCGCCGCCGCCUCCACGACGUGCAGCGGUGCCCGCACCGCCGCUCCCGGCCCAGGCCGACAAUGAUGAGCAGGAGGAAGACGAGGACGACUUCGAGGCUCCGCCUCCGCCGCCUCCCCCUCGUCGCGCGUCGAUCCAGGUACCUCCCCCACCAACCCACGCGCUGCCACAUGGCGAGGAUAAAGAGGAAGACGUGUCGGAAUAUGAAGAGCCGGAACAGGAGGAUGAGGAGCCUGCACCUCCUCCCCCUCCCCCUCGUCAUGCGAUACCUACCUCUCCCCCUGUCUCCGCCGCAGCGUUGAACAGACCUGUCCCACCCCCAAUCAGGGCACCCUCGCCUGAAGCUGAUGAAGAGGGUGAGGUCCUGAACGAUUCCGACGUUGACCCCAUCGAUCCCGAGUUCUACAGCCCCAAGUCUCCGGGGUUAGAUCCUAGGGCAGGGUUCCCCUCCACCUUACAGUCACCUUCUGCUCGCGUGGUCUCCCCGCCUCCUCCGCCACCCGCUCGAGUGGUCUCCCCGCCGCCUCAGCGGGUUCUGUCUCCCCCGCCACCCCCACCAUUUCAAUGGGUGGUCUCACCGCCUCCUCCCCCAGCUAGGGUCGUAUCCCCUCCCGAAGUUACAAGCCCCGCAUCACAGCCAGAACACUCGGAGGCUGCAGACCAAGAAGAUGGUGAGAACCCUGAGCUCGCUCGCCGUCGCACCAUUGCGGAGAGGAUGGCGAAGCUGGGCGGUAUUAGGUUUGGUGCCCCGCCCCCUGUGCCGGCUGCUCGCCGUCCCCCGCAUCCCCCGGAGUCCGAACAUGAGGAAGGGGGUGAAGGCGACGAACGAGAGGAAUCCGAUAAGCCCGCUGAGGAGGAAGAGGGAGAGGUUGCCCCGGUUGAAGAAGAGGACGAGUUCGCUCGCAAGCAGCGCAUUGCCGCUCGGAUCGCUGGCAUGGGCGGUCAGAGGUUUGGGAUGAUACCUGGCAUGGGCCCUCCUGCUCGCGCGCCUGUGCGCAGGGAGUCAGAAGACGAAGCCUCGCAGGUGAAGUCCCCGCCUCCGAAGCGUUUUGCGCCCGUCCCCCCGCCCCCACCACCCCCAGCGCGCAACGAUGAGCACGAGGAGGAGUCGGACUACCAGCACGUGUCGGACAGUGAGCGCGUCGCCCACGAAGAAAGCGAGCUCGAAGAGGUAACAUAUACCGACGCGGAGGAGGAGGCGCCCCCGCCUGCCGUACCCGACCGCGGGGCACGUCGCGUAUCUACUGGUCCCCCUCCCGUCCCGCAAGCGCGCCCGCUUUCUCCUCCUUCUCUUGCUUCACCACCACCUGUGCCCAGGUCGCGCCCCCCGCCUCCCCCUGCGUUCACCUAUCCUCCCCCUCCACCUUCAAGACCUACGCCUACCACUCGCGAGUCCCAUGGCGACUUCGUCAUCGUCGAUCAAGGCCAGAGUGCAGAAGAGUCCGCGCCGCCACACCCGUCUCGGGCCGCCAGGCCUCCCCCUCGCGGUGCGCCAGUCCCCCCUCCACCUCCCGCGCCGCAAACGUCCGACGCUCAGUGGGAGGAGCCUGUCAUCCCCGACGUGGACUUCGGCGGCGAGACCGAUCUUUCUUUGUCUGCCCAGUGGUCCGAGGACUCGACAAACUACCCCCCUGUGCCACCCGGCAGGCCCUCGGCGGCGGCUCCACCUGCGCCUCUUCAACAACAGACGAGCAGCGCACCCGCGACUCAGCCGCCCGCCGAGCAGCACCUGUCGCCGGAGGACCUAAUGGGUCACUGGGGUCGCGUGGGCGUCCAGAUCCACGAGAUCGCCGCUGCUUUGUUCGAGAGGUCAAAGAAAGGAGUCGUAGGCGACGGCUCUUACAUCGGGUUCGUCACUGCGGCCCUCGGUCAGGUUCCCAACGCGGCUCAGCCGACCCCGCCGUUCGAGUCCUUUGGUUACCUUGUGUACCACCAGACGGCCGCCGCAGUGCAACGGCGUGUGAGCGACAUCAUGCCCGGAGAUAUUCUGGUGGCACACGAGGCGAAGUUCAAAGGACAUAAAGGUCUGCAGAGCUAUCACCAGAAUGUGGGCGUCGGACAGCCCCUGGUCGCGGUCAUUGGGGACUUUGAGACGAAGAAAUCGAAGGUCAGGGUGUUCCAGGCGAAUCAGCACGUUGGGCAGCAGAGCGUCGAGUCUGCGAGCUAUCGGCUGGAGGACUUGAAGAGCGGAUCGGUUAAGAUAUUCAGAGUUUUGGAGGCUUGAACGGACAGCGAACACAAAGGAAUCACGGAGGACUAGCCCAGCAGUAUCGUUCCCAUCUAAACUACUCCAUUCGAAUUGACGGCCCAGUGUACCAUAGGUUAAAGCAAUUUCAUGAUCUGUUCCAU